UUUUUCAUAAUAUAUAAUAUAUAUGUGAAUAAUUUUUGUGAAAUUUUAUUUUAGCGGCUGAUUGAUUUUUUGAGAACUCACUGUAAUGCAACUCACCAUACUGCAUUCAAAUAGCUUCAUCAGCUGUUAACAACGUUGUUGCUGAUAAGAAUUGUUUGCUAUUUGUUAGUGCAAGAAAAUUUCGCGGUGCGGCGUAUUUACUUUUGGGACGGGAAAACAAUUGAGAAAUGUUUCCGUUAUUUUGCCAAAUUUCAAAAAGCCGUAUGUGGCUGAAACCAAUGCCGAUAGUUAUAAUUACUCACCCGACGCGGUUAUUCACACAGAAGCCAGAGAACAUUAAGUUACCACCUGAACCGAAACCUUGUUGUCUGGCCGGCUGUACGAAUUGCGUUUGGGUUGAAUAUGCACAUAAAAUGGCUGAUUUGUUGAAUGGUUAUGAUGAGAGGGCACAGGAAAUUAUUCUGAAUAAAGUCCCAGAUCCAGUGUUGAGAAGUUUUUUGAAAGUAGAAUUGAAAAGUAUACAACAACAGAGAGAACGUGAACAUUUCGAUGACUGAUAAGAAAUGCGACCUGCUUGUCGCCAACCCUGUACUCGAGGUCUUUUAAUACAACCCGCUAAAAUAUUUCUGAAUCAUCUUUUUCGUAUAUAUGGUGAUAAAUCAGGCAAUAUAGAGAUACCACCCGAACCGACAACAUGCUGUAUGUCUGGUUGUGCGAAUUGCGUUUGGAUCGAAUAUGCAGAGACAUUAUCGAAACUUUUCGAAGGUAAUGGCGAGAAAGCAAGACAAAUAAUACUUAGUAAAAUCACCGAUCCGAAUUUGAAAAUGUUCUUAAGUAUGGAAUUGAAAAAUAUUGCACAAAGCAAAGCGAAUGAAAUGAGUACGAAUGCUUCGAAGAAAGAUUAAUUAGUUGCUGCAGUGAAAUUUUAUUUUUAAAAUUACAAAAAUACUCGUAUCUCAAUUUUUGCCUAUCCCCAAAACAUUUUGUGUUGAACAAUAGCCUUAUUAUAUUUACUAUUGUAUACAUAUGUACAGUUACAUACUUUAGAUAAAAUGUAAGU